AUGUCCGGCAAGCAAUCACGAGGCUCAUCAAGCCCCCAAACGCAACCUUCCCGAAAAAAGAAUAACAAACAGAAAAAUUCAAUGAUGAAAUCAUCAACAACAUCCUCAUCGGGAUUUGAUAUGUUUAAAAGUGCAGUGAACUCUUCUAUUCAGUUUGGAAAGGAAUCCAUCGCUGAUUUGAGAAAAAGUAUUUUAGAUACAAGCUUUAAUUCUGCUGCAUUUACAGAUGAAGCAGAUAGUGAUGAUGAAUUGUAUAGAUCUGCUCGGAGUGUAUUUUCGAGUACAUAUUCAACUAAAGGAGGUGGAAAGAGCAAAGUACAAUACGAAUCAAGCUCGGAGAGUGACGUGUCACUGUGGGAAGAUAAAGAGAUGGUCCAAAUUCAAAGUGAUUCGCUUGUGAAACGUAAUUUGACAAAUCUAUAUUCCACAUUACGGACCAAGCAAAAAGAACGACAACGACUGGAAGAAAAUGAAAAUUUCUUCUUCACUGAUGACUCAAGCUUGCAGGCUGAAUCGUUAUUGCAAAGCGAGCACGAAAGCCAGAGAGAUGUUGAGUUGGGAGAGAGUCAAAAUCCUGAAGAUGCAGAAUGGAUUCAAUUGUUUGAAACUUGUAAAGAAAAACUUGCAAGCAUUGCUUCUGGCAUUGUUGAUCUCAAAAAGUUGCACCAACAGCAUGUUAAAUUUACGGUACAGAAGGACUUUGCUUCCGAAGAGGAAGAAAUCAAAGUGUUGACAAAUAACUUGAAACAAUCCAUGACGUACUGUAAGAAACUAAUUGAUCAAUUUGACAAGUAUGAGCUUUUAGCAAAAAAGAAAAAGAGAAAACAAUUUAGACUUGUGAUCACAAAUGCCAAAAAGUCACUCUUUACUUCACUUAGCGAGUUAUCAACCGAUCUGCAGCGAGAACAACGAUCAUUCUUAGACAAAUUGACCCAACUCAAAUCCAAGAAAAAAGAAUUACAAAAAAUCCAUACCACAGCCACAGUGGAAGAAUUUUCAAAAGAGGAGCUUGAAAGAAUUGAAGCCAUCGAGCAGCGAUAUUAUGAGCCGAAUGUGACACAAGAACAGGUCGAAGAAUUAGUGAGACGUGAGCGAGAGAUUAUUCAGAGGGAUCGAGAGCUCAGAGAAGUACUCGCAUCCAUUGUCGAGCUUCACGAGUUGUUUCAACAAAUCUCUGCACUCAUCAUUGAACAAGGGUCUCUUCUCGAUCGAAUUGACCACAACAUUGAAAUCACGCGUGAACACAUUGUUGAAGGCAAUGAGAAUUUGAUUGCAGCAGAAAAGGCUCAAAAAUGUGGUUGCUUCAUGUAUAUUAUCAUUUUCCUAUCAGUUGUAGUGGUAUUUUUGGCUUUCUUGGUCAUUAUCAAAUUGAGUUUGAGAUAA